AUGUAAAAAAUUUGGUUCUUAUGGGACAAUGUUUAUGUGGAAAAUUAUUACUGAAAUGUGAAUGUUUGGUCGAUUUAUAUUUAAACGAGAAAAAACAUUGAUUAAAUGUGACUUAAAAAAAACACGACAAGAGCUUCAGUGGGGAUAAAACGGAGUUAAUCACUGUUGAUAAAACGGAGUUAAGCACUGUUGAUAAAACGGAGUUAAGCACUGUUGAUAAAACGAAGUUAAUCACUGUUGAUAAAACGGAGUUAAUCACUGUUGAUAAAACGGAGUUAAUCACUGUUGAUAAAACGGAGUUAAGCACUGUUGAUAAAACGGAGUUAAUCACUGUUGAUAAAACGGAGUUAAGCACUGUUGAUAAAACGGAGUUAAUCACUGUUGAUAAAACAGAGUUAAUCACUGUUGAUAAACGAAGUUAAUCACUGUUGAUAAAACGAAGUUAAGCACUGUUGAUAAAACGGAGUUAAGCACUGUUGAUAAAACGGAGUUAAUCACUGUUGAUAAAACGGAGUUAAUCACUGUUGAUAAAACGAAGUUAAGUACUGUUGAUAAAACGGAGUUAAGCACUGUUGAUAAAACAGAGUUAAUCACUGUUGAUAAAACGGAGUUAAGCACUGAUGAUAAAACGGAGUUAAUCACUGUUGAUAAAACGGAGUUAAUCACUGUUGAUAAAACGAAGUUAAGCACUGAUGAUUAAACGAAGUUAAUCCCUGAUGAUAAAACGGAGUUAAGCACUGAUGAUUAAACGAAGUUAAUCCCUGAUGAUAAAACGGAGUUAAGCACUGAUGAUAAAACGGUAAAACAAAACCAGCCACUAUGUCCAGGAAGCCGCAUUAGUUUAUUGUCUGUGUGUGAUGGUCCUGAAAUAGCGCAGCCAGCUCGAAGCUGUGGCCGAGUGAGUUAAAAGAGGAAAAGAAAAUAUAACAGCGUUAUUGAGGCAUAAAAGGGUACUAGUGUAAGCUAACAGGUCAAGACAACACUAUCUUUUAUCUUUUAUCUUUUCGCUAGUAAACCCCGAUUAAAUUUUGCUUCAUUAUCAAAGAACGAUUGCACCCCACGCUCGUGCCAAGAAGAAAAGGGGAAAGGAGAAAGAGGAGGAGGAGCAAAAAGUGAUAAAGGAAGAGGAUCUCAGGAGUGCAUUAUGGUUGGUGAUAAGAUCAAAGAUACGGGGAAGCUUGCUGGUGAGAUAAUCACUCAGAGACCGAGUCUCGGGACACACUUACUGUCUGUAACUCUGACAGGGCAGGAGUACCACUCUGGGACGAGUCAGCGAAGUGACGACGGCUGAAGGUGUCUUUUGGUAGACACUCUGUGUGUGUGUUUGUGUGCUGUGUUGUGGGAGGUACGGCAGGCUCACUAGACGAUAAGAAACAUAGCUUUAACAGUGAUUGCAAUGACGAAAAAGUGAGAAAUACUUUUCGAUUACAGCCAAUAAACGAAAAGUAAAACGUAAGUACGUUUAAAACAGUGAAUGGAAUUAAGGGACUUAAAUUAUGAUAAGGGGGGGACAUCAGACACCAAAGUGAGAAGGGCUAAUGAUUUUAAGUUCGUUGCUGAGAAGGAACAUACCUGGGAAGAACAUACAAUUAGUGAAGGGCGUGUGUUUUAAGGCCCUUGACCCCAUGGCCAAGAUAUUUGACAGACACUAGUUGUAAAUGUCAAGGUAUAUUUCGUCUGAGUGUUUGUGGAAAAUAAUAUUUAUUAGUAAAAGAAAAUAAAGAUCAAGCGAGAAGGCAAGCUUCGAGGUGAUUAUUAUUGAUAAGAAGGACACAGUUGGGUACUGUACUAACCCAGCUUCGUUUUGUGAUGUGUGUUGUAAAGCGGACAUAAACAAGAGCAGGAAAAGUUACACACUGAACGAGAGACAAAGAAAAACUCCGUUGCCUGGUUGCGUCAACGGCCACAACAGUCUCUUUGAUCAACAUUUCAGGAGAAAAAAAAGACUUUGAAAUGGCGACAGCAGAGUUCCGGAUGAGCAAUUUCAUUGCCUUGUCAGAGGACGCAAGGAAUGAGAGCGAUUAUAUUCUGUACCUGUGUUCUCCUAAUGACUCGGACACUGUCCGCUACAAAUUGGAGUUCGCCUGUGACCAUUGCAACGCCAGCGAAGUGCUGCUGUUGUGGAAUAAGGGGGUGUGUGAUUACCCUCCCACCCCAGCCUUUAACGCCUCCAUCUACAUCUUCUACAUCGCCAUCCUCGUCUUCGCUGUGAUGGGUAACUGCAUCGUGGUGUAUGUGGUGUGUUCUUCGGCCAAGAUGCGCACCGUCACCAACUACUUCAUCGCUAACCUGGCGGUAGGGGACCUCUGGAUGGCCAUUUUCUGCGUCCCCUUCUCCUUCUUGAGCACUUUGAUACUCAAGUAUUGGCCAUUUGGAGGCCAUCUCUGCGUGGCUGUCAACUACCUCCAAGCAGUCUCCGUCUUCGUCUCCGCAUACACCCUGGUGGCCAUCAGCCUGGACCGCUACCUGGCCAUCAUUUACCCUCUCAGACCCCGUAUGACCCGAUUCCAGGCAAAGGUCAUCAUAGCAGUGGUGUGGAUACUCUCCCUAGCCACUACCCUCCCAGUGGCCAUCUACUCCAGCCUCCUCACGCCCAACCUCAACUUCUACAAGAUCUUCGGGAGGCAGGUGUGUACGGAAGACUGGGGGGAGAGCCAGGCGGAGAACGACUCCCGCAUGGCGUACAGCGUAGCGCUGAUGCUGCUACAGUACUUUCUGCCACUGGCGGUGCUUAUCUUCACUUACUCCAGGAUUGCCAUGGUCGUCUGGGGCAAGAAGAACCUCGGUGAGACCCCAGCCAGGAUGGAUAGGAUCGCCAGGAGUAAAAGAAAGAUGAUUAAGAUGAUGUUGGCGUGUGUGUUGGCUUACACCCUGGCUUGGCUGCCCCUCAAUCUGUACAUCGUGCUCAGAGACAUACCCAGCCUCUUCGACGCUCUCAGUGAGAGGGUACAUCUUACGCUAUUUUUCAUUGUCCACUGGUUGGCUAUGUCCCACACCUGCUACAACCCUGUCAUAUACUUCUGGAUGAACAGCAGCUUCCGCGUUGAGUACUACCGUGCCCUCAGAUGCUUUCCCUGCGUGGUUGAUGGUCAUCUAGCUUCCUCUGAUGGCACGGUGACAAAGAGUGCCAACUACUGCAGUAGGUACGCCACGUGUGAGAGCGCAGAUCAAGUGUUGACGCGAAAGGAAUCUAGAAGAACAUGCGGUGACCAGUUCAGUCUGCAAGCGCUGAUGUCAAAGUAUCCUGAAGGAGACGAUCCUCCCCAGCACCACAAGCUGCUGGUGUCAAAGCCUCCUGAAGAAGAGGAUCCUCUUCAACAACACAAGUUUCUGUUGCCAAAUCCUCCUGAAGGAGAGGAUCCUCCCCAGCACCACAAGCUGCUGGUGUCGAAGCCUCCUAAGUGAACCUACCACCUCCAACACCACAACCAGUGUCCCUCGACCCCUCAUCUUCACCUCUCAGCCGACCCUCGCCUUUCUGUAUGUAGCACCUGAUCCUCUUUAGAUUCUUAAUUAAGUAAGCAAACUACGGAACGGGUGGUGUUUAAACCCAUGGCAAGUAAGCCCUAAAACCCCACCCGUUCCCUAGUUUGUUUAUAGUCGUGUUAAGUAGUUUACUGAUGACUGAGAUAUGUUUGUAACCCUUGGGAAUUUUACUCAAGGGUCUUUAAAAAUUUAAUGCGUAGACAGGAGAAUGGAGCUU